CUCUACGUUCUCUCAUUGUUGCUUAACCCCACCAUUCGCCAUCGUAAUUGGGCGUCUUGCCUCUUCAUGGAGAAUGCAGAUAUGGUGGAAUUGCAAAUGUACCGCUGCUCACCUGUACCGGGACGCCCUUCACCGCUGCAGUUUUCCUUCUCCUCACGCCCUGUGCCGAUGCUUCCAUGCCGGUAGGAGUCCAGGUGUCCAGAGAGUCUGCAACUGUCAAGAUAUGCGGCUGACCGUGUCAUGAUCGUCCCUCUUCCUCGACUUCUUUUACUUCUGCUCUUGGACAGCUACUGAGUGAUACAUGUGUUGGAGUAAUGACUUGGACAGCAGACGAGCAAUUGCACCCUCCAAACCAUCCUCCGACCAGAACCUCUUUCGAACCUACUUAUGGCAUCAGAUGGCGUCGAAAAGACUCCUCAUUCUGCCGAUACUCUAUGUGGUUCGCCCUCGACCGAAGCCGUAAGAAAAGAGACAGAGAAAGAACAUGGCAUACCGUCUGAUGCGCGAUCGGUGCAAACCGUUCAUUCAGUAUCUCCAUCAGAGCAGUCUACCAUUGGAGAGCAUCAGGAUGUCGAAAUCGCGGAUGAUGUCUUGGAAAGAACUAUAACUCCAAAGAGCCCACUUGUUAGAGUGACUCGGUCCAAAAGGCGCGGUCUCUUUUCGCGCUUUGCAUUAGUAGCAGAGGUGACGGAACCUUUUGACUACAAGGAUUCCACGAAAUGGUUCAUAACUUUCAUUGUCGCAGUGGCUGCCGCGGCGGCUCCUGUGGGAAGCGCCAUUAUUCUCCCAACUCUGGAAGACGUGGCGAGCGAUCUGCAUUCCACUCCAACGACAACCAACUUAUCUGUUGCCUUGUACAUGCUCAGUAUGGCCAUCUUUCCCCUUUGGUGGUCUGCAUUUUCCGAAUCAUUCGGGCGACGCUCUGUCUACAUGGUGUCAUUUGCGCUUUUCAUUCUCUUUGCCGUACUCAGCGCCGUUUCCAGUUCCAUCGGCAUGCUUGUUGCCAUGCGUAUGCUUUCGGGUGGUGCAGCCGCCUCUGUGCAAGCUGUCGGAGCUGGAACGAUUGCCGAUCUUUGGGAGUCGAGGGAACGGGGAAGAGCCAUGGGCAUCUUCUACCUUGGCCCUCUUUGCGGACCACUAGCAGCCCCCAUUGUGGGUGGCGUCCUCGGACAGCACUGGAAUUGGCGAGCCACUCAGUGGGCAAUCGUCAUCUACGGAGUCUUGACGUGGCUCUUGGUGUUUUUUGGCCUUCCAGAAACCCUCAAAGCCACGAAAGAUGUUGCCGAAGAAGCUGCAACCGAUGCGGCCUCAGCCGUGAGUGGCAAUACCAGGCCGCCGUUAAGUCGAACCUCGACUCGAGAAGCUGUACAGCAAAGCAGCAAAAUGUACCUGAAGGUGGUGAAGAUGUUGCUGGUGGACCCACUGCGGGUCAUUCUGUACAUCAGGUUCAUGCCGGUGUUGUUGACGGUGUACUAUUCGGCCAUCACCUUCGGUUCGCUUUAUGUUUUGAAUAUCAGUGUCCAAUAUACGUUCGAACGACAGCCAUACGAUUUCUCAACCAUCAUCAUCGGCUUGUUGUACAUACCCAACUCGCUCGGGUAUAUCCUCGCCAGCGUAUUUGGAGGUAGAUGGAUGGAUGCAAUCAUGAAACGAGAGGCGCUCAAGGCGAACCGGGUCGACGAGAGAGGCAAACUGAUCUUUUACCCGGAAGACCGUAUGCGGGAGAACGCGUGGCUGGGUGCCUUACUCUACCCCGUUGCCUUAAUCUGGUACGGUUGGGCGGCUGAGAAAGGGGUACUUUGGGUUGUCCCUGUGAGUCACUCUUGGGCGCCGAUGUCAUAUGCAGGUACCACAGACUGACACGUGUGUGGCAGAUGAUCGCGAACUUCUUUUACGGGGUUGGAUCGAUGCUAAUAUUUGCCAUGUCAACCACAAUGUUGACUGAGUUCAUGCCACGGAGAUCGUCAUCGGGAGUCGCCUUGAACAAUUUUUGCCGGAACAUUCUCUCUUGUGUUGGUGCCGUUGUUGGGGCUCCAAUCAUAUCAGCGAUCGGCAACGGUUGGCUAUUCACUAUUCUGGGAAUUUGGACACUGUCGAGCGCGGCGGUCAUCUGGGCAAUGAAGCGAUUUGGGCCUCGGUGGCGAGAGAAAAUGGAUCGGGAGCUGGAUUGACCGGCAUCUAGAAGCGGAGGCUCCCACCAGAUAUGAUAGAUCCAUACGAAGACAAUUGACACGUACCUCGUAUCAGACGCUGCAAAUAC